AUGAAGGAGAGUGAAAGCAUUUCAAACUAUUUAAAUAAGGUUACUUCUAUUGUGAAUCAAAUGGCUUCUAAUGGAGAAAUUUUAGAAGAUCAAAAGGUUGUUGAAAAAGUUCCUCGAAGCCUUCCAGAAAAAUUUGAUUUUUUUGUCGUUACAGUAGAAGAAUCAAAGGAUUUAUCUACUAUUUCAAUAGAGGAGUUGUUUGGAAUUUUAAAGUCUCAUGAAUUUCGAGUAAAUAAAAGAACUCUUGCUUCAAUCAGUCAGACUUCUGUUGAUCAAGCUCUUAAAUCACAAGUUACAAAUACAGGAGGGCAAAAUUUCUCACAAGCUAAUUUUAGAGGACGUGGCAAAGGAGACAAUAAUAGAGGAAGAGGCUCGAAAUUUUAUGGAAGAGGAAAAGGAAGUCCAAGUAGAGACGAAUCUUCAGUAGAAAAUAUAAAUCAGCCAGAGAACACACCACAAAAGGGAAGAGGUGGCAGAUUCAGAGGAGGAAGAGCAAGAGGUCCUAAUUUGCAUGGACAUGGCUAUUUUGAAUGCUAUUAUUGUCACAAGCCUGGACAUAAAGCAAAUGAAUGUUGGAAUAAUCCAGCUAAUCAAAGAAAGAAUCCUGGGUUCAUUCAGGACAAGGAAGAAGGUAAUUCUAAAACUUUGCUUCUUGCUGGCUAUGGUGAUAUAAAUCAUGUUUGGUAUUUAUAUAGUAGAGCAAGUGAGCAUAUGACUGGUAACAAGCACCUGUUUUCAUCAUUAGAAGAAUUUGAACGUGGUCAAGUGACAAUAAGAGAUGCAAAAUCCUAUAAAAUACAAGGUCUGGGAGAAAUUAUUUUUAAAACUAAAUCUAGAACUUUGGAGAAAAUGUCAAAAAUUUAUUAUGUUCCUGGAUUGCAAUGUAAUUUGCUAAGCACUGGGCAACUUUUGAAAAAGAGAUUUGAUAUUCACUUCCAUGAUAAUAUGUGCAUUCUAUGGAAGGAAAGUGUAAUAGCCCAUACCACCCGCAUGUAA